CACCGAGUAAACACGGAAGUGCAAUCCCAAAUCUGGAUGACUGUACAAUCAAUUUCCUCUCUUACUCCCAGCGAGAGUUCUAACCUGCGGAAGAAAGUGUAUUUGGGACUCAUUAGACCUAAUUAGGACUAAUUUAGAGCCUCCUUUGGGCGGGGAUGCUAACUCAGUACGUGACAUCACACAGGAGCGCGGUGACAUCAUCAUCGCAGGCUUGAGACUCCAUCCACGCUCCCGAGAGCAGCCGUUUAACGGCACCGCCUCUGACAGCCUCACUUCCACUGUAUAUAUUUGCAUAUUCAUCAAACAGACUUCGACCCAUCAGAGCAGACGCAGUGACAUCAGGGAACGCCCCUGCAGUCACCCCUGAGCGUGCGUACGCACGUAAGUCAGCACGCACGUCCAGAGAGGGCGGGAGGAGGAGGAGUGGGAAGGUUGGAGGCGCCCCGCCCAGGCAGCAAGGUUGCGCGUGCUCUGUGCGACCGCCAAGAUGGUGGUGGGCGCGUUCCCUAUGGCGAAGCUGCUAUACCUCGGCAUCCGGCAGGUCAGCAAGCCGCUUGCCAACCGCAUUAAGGAGGCUGCCCGCCGAAGCGAGUUCUUCAAGACCUAUGUCUGCCUUCCGCCGGCACAGCUGCCCCUGGCCAGUGUGGUCAUGGACUUGGAGUUUCCAGCAGUGCAGCGGCGGCUGUGUAUCCUCCAAGGUCACAUCUCCCGGCCGAGCGGCACACCCAGGAGCUGCCUGUGGCUGAGGUUCUCCUGCCUCAGCAGGGCAGGCCCGCCUGUCUCCUCCUGGGAUGGCCUGGUGUACCACUGGGUGGAGAUGCGGACCAAGAUGCGCAUCAUGGGCUUCCGGGGCACGGUCAUCAAGCCGCUCAACGAGGAGGCGGCCGCUGAGCUGGGCGCCGAGCUGCUGGGCGAAGCCACCAUCUUCAUCGUGGGCGGGGGCUGCCUGGUGCUGGAGUACUGGCGCCACCAGACGCAGCAGCGCCACAAGGAGGAGGAGCAGCGCGCUGCCUGGGACGCGCUGCGGGACGAAGUGGGCCACCUGGCACUGGCGCUCGAGGCGCUGCAGGCGCAGGUGCAAGCGGCGUCGUCUCAGAGCGCCCUGGAGGAGCUGCGCGCCGAGCUGCAGGAGGUGCGCGCGCAGCUCUGCGCCCCUGACCCGCCGCCCGCGUGCCACGCAGCGUCUUCCUCCAAGAAAUAGGGGGUGCAAAGGCCUGGACUUGGUUGUGGCCCCACGUGGCCCCGACUUGGCCUCCUCCCUGAACCCCCUGCCUGCACUGGCCCAGGGGAAACAACCAGGAUCUGGAUGGCACUUGACAUUUGUUCACCUUCUACUGGGUACCUUCCCCGGGGACAAAUCCAGCAGGGGAUGCGCCUGACAGCCCCUCCGACCCCUGACUCCUCCACACCCCCACAAUGCUCACCUCCCACCCAAAGCCGAGACCUAGAAGGCCCUGGCCAGCAGGACUGCUGUGCUCUCCAGGCAAGAGAUAGCCUGUGAUGUCCCCUUGUCAUCACGACACCCUGCUCCCGUGUACUUGAUCAUUGCUACUUUUCCUGGUGGCCCUGCCAUCAGAGGACCAUCCCUCCUCUUUCAGCUGGUUCUGUGGAACCCUGUUGUCCCUGUGUGGCUUCUCAGGUUACAUUUCUCACCUCAGGAGCAUAGGACUCCUACCAACCUCAUGGCCCCCAAGGCACCGGGAGUGGGGCACCUGCUGGCCCUAUCAGAGCAGCCCCAGGUCUCAGAUUUGGUGAGAACACUGCUCUGGGCCCAUUCCCAUGAAGCUGCAGGUGAAGGUGGGCGGGACAGGAUUUUCCUUUCUCCCCUAGCUUCGCCAGGGCACUAAACACCACUGGGACACAAGACCCACCAAACAGGAAAGCAAGAAGCCAGACUUCCUAGGCAGCAUCUUCAUUCCUUUUAGAAAAGGGGGAGAGGCUGGUGGGUCCUGGUGGAAGUGUUCUUAAAAUUGGGAUUGACUCAAGUGGGUGAAGUGAUGAAGGCAGGAGACAGAUGCCACUGCACAAAGGGGUGACAGGGCCAGAGCCAGAGAGGCUCAGUGCCUGGAUUCCAUGGUUACUUGGGGGAGGUAGCUUUCUCCUCCAUACCGGUAAACUCUCAUCACCUUAGAUCAGGGGCUCUGAGCUCUGGCCAGGUAGCCUGCACUGUUCUAAGUGCUUUCCAUAAUGGCCACAAUAGAUCUUCCCUGUCGCUGGUGAGGAAAGUGAGGCAGAGAGGGGAAGUCACCUGCUCCAGGUCACCCGAGGCAGAGGUGAGAUGUGAAGACAGGCAACCUAGGCCCAAACCCCAGCUCCUGUGGGCGGUCUCUGCCUGGGGUGCUGCCCUCACUCCCCAGAGCCUUCAGAUGCAAGCUGACUCAUGCUGGCAGGUGGCCAGUCCUGGGGCAGCUUGGGCUGCUGUGGCAGUGCUGAGGGGGAGUGGGAUUGGGGGGUGGAAGUGGACAGGACUCUUUCUCAAAAUGCUUGAUGCUAGAGAAUGCUUCGUGGUUCUGGGUUCCUUCCCUUUUUCUAUUUUGUAAUGUGGCAGGAGGAGGUAGAGUAAGUUUGCAAUAAAGCUGGCUGUCUUCUGGUUUAUGCAUUCUUUGUUCAUAUUUUAAAGAUCACUGUUAAGCUCAGAAAAAAUGUCCUUCAUUUAUCCUGUCAUUUGAGAAAUUUUGUUGAAUUCACUGUGUACAGAGCCCCGUUCUACACCAUGCUGGGGACAGAGACAGCCCAGCCCCCAUCUCAUGGGGCUCACAUCCCAUUGGUGGGACAGAUGCACAGACAGGAACUUCUCUGUCCCUUCCUGUCAUUGGGAAGGGGAAGUGGGAUGAGCCCAGACUUCUCUCCUGAGUGACUCAGGCUGUGAAGAACAGGAACCUGCUCACAGAGCCUCACAGGGCUCUGCCCUUCCCAUCUCUUGGGCGGCCUUGUCAACUGUGUCUGUCCCUGCUGGGUGGCACCUGUGCCUGGAAGUGGCCUAGACUGGCUGAGAGCCAGCUGAGGAGAGAAUAGGCUUCCAGUAAGCUCCACUAGAUCCCCUGGCCACGGGGAGCGGUCAGCAGCCACCAUAAGAGGGUGUGGAAUCCAUUGUAAGUGGUUAUGUAACACUUAGAAAAGAAACAGGGGUUUCGUGUAUAAGCAUUACACACUUGAGCCAGGCAUUAUGUGACAUAGUAUAUAAGGAGAGAUCUAUUUUAUGUAACAUGUAACAUGACAUUACGUGUGUGCAUAUCAUUGGAAAUAAAACUUCACUACUCGCA